AACUGCGUGUGUGUAUAGGUGUGUCCGGCUUGGUGGGAGAGUCAAACACGCCCUGAUCGGAUUGUAAGGGAGCACCAACCCAAACGCAGGGACGCUCUCCGGACAAGCCGCAGGCACCUAUACGCGCAUACUCACCUGCCAAAGAGCUUCGCACAAUGUCUGAAGGGAUUCCCGAAGUCUUCAAAAGUAUCCGCCAGACACCGGGUCUGCAGAUAUGGACUGUGAACAAAAUGCAGAUGGUCCCUGUCCCAGAACAGGCUUAUGGUAACUUUUUUGAGGGUGAUUGCUACGUUAUUCUCUACGUAACUCAGAAAUCCUCUGGAGUCAUGGACAUCCACUACUGGAUCGGGAGCAGCUCCUCGCAGGACGAGCAGGGGGCAGCAGCCAUCUACGUCACGCAGAUGGACGAGUUCCUCGGUGGAAAGCCCAUCCAGCACCGAGAAGUCCAGGGCUGCGAGUCGCCCAAGUUCCUGAGCUACUUUAAGAAUGGCAUCAUCUACAAGAAAGGAGGAGUGGAAUCCGGGUUCCAUCACGUGGAGAGCAACGUCUUCAACAUCCUGAGGCUUAUGCACAUCAAAGGGAUGAAGCAGAUCACGGCUACGGAGGUGGACGUGUCUUGGAACAGUUUUAACAAGGGAGAUAUAUUUCUGCUGGACAUGGGGAAGGUGAUUGUCCAGUGGAAUGGCCCUGAAAGCAACAGGAGAGAGAAACUCAAGGCGAUGCUUCUGGGGCAGGACAUCCGCGACCGGGAGCGGGGUGGGCGGGCCCAGAUCGGGGUUGUGGAGGGCGAUAAGGAGAAUGAGUCUCCGGAGCUGAUGAAGGUCAUGGAAGCAGUUCUGGGGAAGAGGGAAGCUCCACUGAAGGAGGCCAUCCCUGAUGACAAGCCAGAUGUAUAUCAGAUGUCCAACAUCAGGCUAUAUCAAGUCUCGGAUGCCAGUGGUAGUCUGGUGGUUCUAGAGGUUGCCACACAGCCCUUGACGCAAGACCUUCUUAAUUCUUCGGACUGCUUCAUUUUGGACCAGGGUGGCAGCUGUAUCUCAGUGUGGAAGGGGAAGAAUGCGUCACCAGAAGAGAGGCGCUCAGCCCUGUCCAAUGCCGUGGGCUUCAUCAAAGCAAAGAACUACCCCUCAACCACCCAUGUGGAAGUGAUGUGUGAAGGUGGCGAGUCUGCUAUGUUCAAACAGCUAUUCAAGUCCUGGAAGGAGAAGGGCCAAACACGGGGCCUGGGGAGCACCUACACUGUCGGAAAGAUCGCUAAGGUGGACCAGAAGAAGUUUGACGUGAUGGAGCUUCACGCUCGUCCCGAGUUGGCCGCUCAGGAGCGCAUGGUGGAUGACGCCACGGGAGAGGUGCAGGUGUGGCGCAUUGAGAACCUGGAGCUCCGGGAGGUUCCCCGUAACACGUAUGGUCAGUUCUAUGGAGGGGACUGUUACCUGGUGCUGUACACCUACAUGAAGUCCAACCGGGCCCAGUAUCUCCUUUAUAUGUGGCUGGGCCGUCAUGCCACCCAGGAUGAGAUCACCGCGUGCGCUUAUCAGGCCGUCAACGUGGACAAUAAGUACAACGGAGCACCUGUCCAGGUCAGGGUGACCAUGGGCAAAGAACCACGCCACUUCCUGGCAAUUUUCAAAGGAAAACUCAUCGUCUACGAGGGUGGCACCGGGCGUCCAGGUGUGGUGAACCCCGACCCGGGUGCCAGGCUUUUCCAGGUACGAGGAGAACAUGAGUGGAACACCAAGGCCAUAGAGGUACCGACGCGUGCCUCCUCCCUCAAUAGCAAUGACGUCUUCCUGCUCAAGACCGACAAGGUCUGCUACCUGUGGUACGGCAAGGGCUGCAGUGGGGAUGAGAGGGAGAUGGGCAAGUCGCUGGCUGACAUCAUCUCUAAGCAGGACAAACAGAUUGUAAUGGAGGGACAGGAGCCUGCUGAUUUCUGGGUGUGUUUGGGAGGGAAGGCUCCCUAUGCCAGUGAUAAGAGAUUCCAGCAGGAGAAAGUCGCCCAUACGCCGAGGCUGUUCGAGUGCUCCAACCAGACGGGCCGCUUCCUGAUGACCGAGAUAGGCGAUUUUGCCCAGGAGGACCUGGAUGAGGAUGACGUCAUGCUGCUGGACACCUGGGAUGAGAUCUUUCUGUGGAUUGGCAGGUCGGCAAACGACUAUGAGAUCAAGGAAUCGGCCACCAGCGCGGUGGAGUAUCUGAGCACCCACCCGGCCGGCCGAGAUCCCGGCACGCCCGUAAUCACGGUGAAGCAGGGCUCCGAGCCCCCCACCUUCACCGGCUGGUUCAAUGCCUGGGACCCCCACAAGUGGAGUCACGGCGCCCAUUCAUAUGAGGAAAUGAAGAAUAAACUGGGCGAUGGGGCAUCCAUCUCCAAUAUAACUGUUAAUCUGAACAACACGAGCCUCAACCAGAAGAACGGGGGCCCUCAAAAACCAUACAGCGCUCCGGGCGGCCCAGUCAGCUCCCCGCCGGCUUACAAAGCCACACUAAAAAGUCCCCAACCUUCCAGCCAAAGCACCCCACCUCCCAGUACAGGCCCCAGUAUCUCAGCCAGCAAGGAAACUGGCAUCUCCCCCCAGCUGUUAGUCAACAAAGACACAGGGGAGCUGCCCACGGGCGUGGAUCCCAGCAAGAAGGAGGAGUACCUGUCUGAUGCGGAUUUCGAGAGCUUAUUUGGUACGACCAGGACAGAUUUCAGCCGCCUGCCGAAGUGGAGGCAAAAUCACCUGAAGAAGGAGGCGGGGCUCUUCUGAAGUGGGAGGAGCUCCAGGCGACAGCGAAUGCUACGCUACUGUUAAAUUAGCAUUCACACAUUGCGGAUCCUGGAGACCAAGGGCUCAACAAAGAACUUCCUACAUAAACUAGCUGAUCUUUAAAUUCAUAACACUCUGUUAAGUGCUGCCGAACCCUUCAGGUCUCCAGGGGUAAGGUAUUAAUGCUCAUGUUACCGGUUAGUGGAAUUUUUUAUCAAUUAGCCUAAUGUCUACUCUAAACUGUAAUACUGAAUUCUUACAGAAAUAAUGUGCCUGAAACAUAUAUAAUUACAGCCAAGCAUCUUAUAAACCUUUUUUUUGUAACUUCCUGUAUAUAUGCAUUCUGCCUUAUACUUAGCCUUUGCUGUCUUUCUUUAGCAGAUAAAUGUCACAUAAUCUGAACAUUAAAAUCACUGCCACCUGUGUAAUUUUAAAUGGUCCUGUGUACUGACGUGUGUGGGAGAUACCUGGGAUCAUACACUGGCGUUGGCUGGUUGCUGAACUCUUUCUAGUGUCAUUAGGCCUAAUAAACAUGUCAAACCAAGCGUUCCUAAAUAA